CCUCUAAUAGCCACACACGUGCGAUCUCGUUGCGCUAGGAUUUGUAUUUGAUUUAAGACUAGAAACGUGAAUUAAAUCGGUCAAAAUGGGUUCCAGGCGGCCGAUAAACGUGCACAUGUUCCCCUCGGAUCUUGAGUUUGCCGUGUUCACCGACCAGGAAAUCCACAAGCUGAGCGUGGUGAAGGUGAUCACGGGCAUUACGUUCGAUGCACUGGGACAUGCGAUGCCCGGUGGUCUGUACGACAUCCGGAUGGGCUCCUACGGCCGGUGCAUGGAUCCCUGUGGUACCUGCCUCAAGAUGCAGGAAUGUCCCGGACACAUGGGCCACAUCGAACUGGCCACGCCCGUCUACAAUCCUUUCUUCAUCAAGCUGGUGCAGCGUCUGCUCUGCAUUUUCUGCCUGCAUUGCUACAAGCUACAGAUGAAGGACCACGAAUGCGAGAUCAUCAUGCUGCAAUUGCGCCUUAUCGAUGCGGGCUACAUUAUCGAGGCGCAGGAUCUGGAGAUCUUCAAGUCAGAAAUUGUAUGUCAGAACUCCGAUGAACUGGUGACCCUGAAAAACGGCGACAUGGUCCAUCCCAACAUUGCAGCCAUGUACAAGCUGCUGGAAAAGAACGAAAAUAACUCCGGCAACUCCACUAAGACGAGCUGCUCCCUGCGGACAGCUAUUACCCAUACUGCAUUGCAGCGGGCGGGCAAAAAGUGCAGGCACUGCAACAAAUCAAUGCGAUUUGUGCGUUACAUGCAUCGCAGGCUGGUUUUCUACGUCACAAUGGCGGAUCUCAAGGAGCGCGUUGGAGGUGUCCUUGAAAGCGGAGGUCAGAACAAGGUUAUCUUUGCCGACGAAUGCCGUCGAUAUCUGCGCCAGAUUUACAACAAUUACCCUGAGCUGUUGAAGCUUCUAGUUCCAGUUCUGGGGCUGACAAACACUGAUGCUUUGCAGGGCGAUCGAUCGCCCGUGGAUCUAUUCUUUAUGGAUACAAUUCCGGUGACACCACCUCGCGCUCGUCCCAUGAACAUGAUCGGAGAUAUGCUGAAGGGCAAUCCCCAGACGGACAUCUACAUCCACAUCAUCGAGAACAACCAUGUGUUGAAUGUGGUAAUCAAGUACAUGAAAGGCAGCCAGGAGAAGCUCACGGAGGAGGCUAAGGCCGCUUAUCAGAACCUAAAGGGCGACACAUCCCAUGAGAAGCUUUAUAACGCUUGGCUGGCCCUACAAACUUCUGUGGAUGUCCUCCUCGACGUAAACAUGUCCCGAGAAAUGAAGUCUGCCGAAGGAUUGAAGCAAAUUAUUGAAAAGAAGGAUGGCCUCAUUCGUAAGCAUAUGAUGGGCAAACGAGUGAACUACGCUGCGCGCACUGUCAUCACUCCGGAUCCUAAUAUAAACGUUGAUGAGAUCGGUAUACCUGACAUAUUUGCCAGGAAAUUAUCUUAUCCCGUGCCCGUGACGGAGUGGAAUGUUACGGAGCUGAGAAAAAUGGUGUGCAACGGACCGGACGUGCACCCCGGAGCGAACUACAUCCAGGAUAAGAACGGAUUUACCACCUACAUACCCGCCGAUAAUGCGGUCAAGCGGGAGAGCUUGGCCAAGUUGCUUUUGUCGAAUCCAAAAGAUGGCGUUAAGAUCGUCCAUAGGCACGUGCUCAAUGGAGAUGUCCUCCUACUCAACCGGCAGCCCUCGCUGCAUAAGCCAUCCAUCAUGGCUCACAAGGCUCGCAUCCUGCAAGGGGAGAAGACCUUCCGACUGCACUACUCCAACUGCAAGGCCUACAACGCCGAUUUCGAUGGUGAUGAAAUGAACGCCCACUAUCCGCAGAGUGAGGUGGCCAGGGCAGAAGCAUACAACCUAGUGAAUGUGGCCAGCAACUAUCUGGUGCCUAAAGAUGGCACCCCGUUGGGUGGACUUAUUCAGGAUCAUGUCAUUUCGGGUGUGAAGCUCUCGAUUCGUGGAAGGUUCUUCAACCGCGAGGACUACCAGCAGCUGGUGUAUCAGGGACUGUCGCACCACAUAAGGGAUGUCAAGCUACUCCCACCGGCUAUAUUAAAACCAGUGAACCUUUGGUCCGGAAAGCAGGUCUUGUCCACCAUUAUUAUUAACCUUAUUCCCGACGGCUUUGAAAGAAUUAAUCUGGAUUCCUUCGCCAAGAUUGGUGGAAAGAAUUGGAAUGUAAACCGUCCACGACCAGCAAUUUGUGGCACAAAUCCUCAGGAAAACGAGCUCAGCGAGAGCCAAGUGCAAAUUAGAAAGGGUGAACUACUUGUUGGAGUUCUUGAUAAACAGCAGUAUGGAGCCACGACUUUCGGUUUGAUCCAUUGCAUGUACGAGCUGUAUGGCGGCGAAGUUUCCACCCGUCUGCUCACUUCCUUUACCAAGGUAUUCACCUUCUUCCUGCAACUGGAAGGCUUUACUUUGGGCGUCAAGGAUAUUCUAGUGACAGGCGAGGCGGACAAAAAGAGAAGAAAAAUCAUCCGUGAGUCCCGCAGUGUGGGAAACAGCGCAGUGGCUGCAGCUUUGGAAUUAGAAGAUGACCCACCGCACGAUGAAUUGGUUGAGAAAAUGGAGGAGGCCUAUAUGAAGGACACAAAGUUCCGAGUGAUUUUGGAUCGCAAAUAUAAAUCGGUUUUGGAUGGCUACACAAAUGAAAUAAAUAAAACUUGCCUGCCUGGUGGUUUAAUUACCAAGUUCCCUUCAAACAAUCUGCAACUGAUGGUUCUUUCCGGUGCCAAGGGAUCCAUGGUAAACACUAUGCAAAUCUCCUGUCUGCUGGGACAGAUUGAGUUGGAAGGAAAGCGACCACCGUUGAUGAUAUCCGGCAAAUCGCUGCCUAGUUUUACUUCAUUUGAGACCUCACCCAAGUCGGGAGGGUUCAUCGAUGGACGCUUCAUGACGGGCAUUCAGCCACAGGACUUUUUCUUCCAUUGCAUGGCAGGUCGUGAAGGUCUUAUUGAUACUGCUGUUAAAACCUCUCGCUCCGGUUACCUGCAGCGCUGUCUCAUAAAACAUUUGGAGGGCUUGAGUGUCCAUUAUGAUCUCACAGUCCGCGACAGUGACAACAGUGUGGUGCAGUUCCUCUACGGCGAAGAUGGUCUGGAUAUCCUGAAGUCCAAGUUUUUCAACGAUAAAUUCUGUGCUGAUUUCCUCACCCAGAAUGCCACGGCUAUUCUGCGGCCCAGUCAACUGCGGUUGAUGAAGGACGAGGAGGAUCUGGCCAAGGUGCGGCGCCACGAAAAGCACAUACGCAGUUGGCAGAAAAAGAAGCCAACCAAGCUGCGUGCCGCUUUCACACACUUCUCAGAGGAGCUGCGCGAGGAGGUAGAGGUGAAGAGACCGAAUGAGAUAAACGCCAAGACAGGUCGCCGUCGCUUCGAUGAGGGUCUGCUUAAGCUGUGGAAAAAGGCGGAUGCCGAGGACAAGGCUUUGUAUCGCAAGAAGUAUGCCCGCUGUCCGGAUCCCGCGGUAGCCGUCUACAAGCAGGAUGUUUACUACGGUAGUGUCUCGGAGCGGACGCAGAAACUGAUCGAUGAUUAUGCUCGGAGGAAGCCAGUACACAAGGAGACCAUAGCGGACAUUAUGCGGGUGAAGACCAUUAAAGCAUUGGCAUCACCUGGCGAACCUGUGGGUCUAAUAGCCGCCCAAUCGAUAGGUGAACCUUCCACACAGAUGACACUGAAUACCUUCCAUUUUGCGGGUCGUGGUGAGAUGAACGUUACCCUGGGUAUUCCCCGACUUCGAGAGAUCCUCAUGCUGGCCUCUUCGAACAUAAAGACGCCCUCGAUGGAUAUUCCCAUAAAGCCUGGUCAGCAGCAGCAGGCCGAGAAGCUGCGCAUAAAUCUUAAUUCUGUGACUCUGGCAAAUCUUUUGGAGUCUGUCCACAUCAGUACCAGAUUAACUCUUGAACCGGAGCGAGCGUAUGAGUAUGAAAUGCGCUUCCAAUUCUUGCCAAGAGAGGUCUACAAGGAGGAUUACGGUGUGCGACCCAAACGUAUCAUCAAAUACAUGCACCAAACCUUCAUCAAGCAACUGAUUCGGGCCAUUUUAAAAGUAUCCAACGCAUUGAAGACGACGAAAAUAGUUGUAAUAGACGACAAAAAAGACACUGAAAAAGAGGAUGAUGAUUUGGACAAUGCAGAUGAUGUGGGUGGUCGAAAAGCAAUGGAUAAUAAUGAUGAUGAUUCAUCGGACGAUGACGGCGAUGACGAUGCGACUGGUGUGAAACUAAAGCAACGCAAAACCGAUGAGAAGGACUACGAUGACCCAGAUGAUGUUGAUGAGCUCCAUGAUGCCAAUGACGACGACGAAGAGGCGGAGGAUCAGGUAGACGACGAAAAGGCCGAGAACGAUGAUGAGAACGAUGGCGACGACAAGUCGGUUGAAAGGCUGCUCAGCAAUGAAAUGGUUAAGGCCUAUUCUUAUGACAAAGAGAGUCAUUUGUGGUGCCAGGUCAAAUUAAACUUAAGUGUGCGCUACCAGAAGCCCGAUUUGACCUCAAUCAUCCGCGAGUUGGCGGGUAAGAGUGUGGUUCACCAGGUGCAGCAUAUUAAGCGGGCCAUUAUCUACAAGGGCAAUGAUGAUGAGCAGCUGGUCAAGACCGAUGGCAUUAAUAUUGGCGAGAUGUUCCAGCACAACAAGAUUCUCGACCUCAAUCGCCUGUACUCCAACGACAUCCAUGCGAUUGCCAGAACGUACGGCAUUGAGGCAGCAUCCCAAGUGAUUGUUAAGGAAGUGAGCAACGUUUUCAAGGUCUACGGCAUCACCGUGGAUCGCCGGCAUCUUUCGCUAAUCGCGGAUUACAUGACCUUCGACGGAACCUUCCAGCCUCUGUCGAGAAAGGGUAUGGAGCACUCCUCGUCGCCUUUGCAGCAGAUGUCCUUCGAGUCCAGUUUGCAGUUCCUAAGGAGCGCCACCGGGUUCGGCAGAUCGGAUGAGCUGAACUCCCCGUCUGGUCGAUUAAUGGUUGGUCUACCGGUGCGAAAUGGUACAGGUGCCUUUGAGUUGUUGACGAAAAUUGAUUAAUAUGUACGCUUUUGUAAAAAUAUAAGUUACAAGUUUUUAAAUAAAAACCAUAGAUUAAUGUUUGAAAACUA